AGAGCCAUGAAGGUGUCUCGGGGACUCUGCUCACCUCUGUGUCUUUGUGUUUUGCAGUGAUCAGGGCCAAAGUGGUCAGUGAGAAGGAGGUGGACUCCGGGAACGACAUCUACGGCAACCCCAUCAAGAGGAUCCAGUAUGAGAUCAAGCAGAUAAAGAUGUUCAAAGGACCUGACAAGGACAUAGAGUUUAUCUACACGGCCCCCUCCUCGGCCAUAUGCGGGGUCUCGCUGGACGUUGGAGGGAAGAAGGAAUAUCUCAUUGCAGGAAAGGCCGAGGGGAACGGCAAGAUGUACAUUACCCUCUGUGACUUCAUCGUGCCCUGGGACACCCUGAGCACCACCCAGAAGAAGAGCCUGAACCACAGGUACCAGAUGGGCUGCGAGUGCAAGAUCACACGCUGCCCCAUGAUCCCCUGCUACAUCUCCUCUCCGGACGAGUGCCUCUGGAUGGACUGGGUCACGGAGAAGAACAUCAACGGGCACCAGGCCAAGUUCUUCGCCUGCAUCAAGAGAAGCGACGGCUCCUGCGCCUGGUACCGCGGAGCGGCGCCCCCCAAGCAGGAGUUUCUCGACAUCGAGGACCCGUAAGCCGGCCGGCAGCACCCCUGUGGCCAACGGAAAAGCCUCCAAGAGUGUAGACUGGUCCAGCUCUGACAUCCCUUCCUGGAAAUAGCAUGAAUAAAACAGUCAUCCGAGUGGGUCUAAAUUAGUGUGAUUCUCCUCCCCGCCCCGUUCCCCUUCCCUCUGUGGUUGUGGAUCUCGAGGGAGAGGCUCGUCCACACUGCACCUGCCAGCCUGGGCACUGCGUCUCAGCCUUCGGUCCUGGGGUGCGGGCAGGGCUAGGACACGCAGGCUCCCCUCCCAGGCUCGGCCUUGGCACCGUCACAGACGCUGAGCACGCAGCACCUAGCAGUCCCCUUGGCCUGGUCAGGGCAGAGCCUGGAAAUGUGCAUUUUGUAGAAACUUUCGAGGGUCGUUGCAAGACUGUGUAGCAGGCCUACCAGGUCCCUUUCAUCUCGAGAGGGGCACGUCCCUCGUUUCCUGCAGCUUCCACACCUCUGGCCCUAGGGUGGCUGUCCCUGCCCUUUGCAAGUGCCCUACCCACCCCCCAGUCUCCCUGUGCCGACCACAGACUCCCAGCACCCGUGACUCUUGUAUUCCAGAAGCAUCCCGGACCAGUGGCUCAUUCUCUGAGGAGCCCCCAUUAAUCUUGUUCAUCCGCAGAAUUCCAGUGGGCGCCUCCCUCCGGGGCCUUGUAGAAAUGUGGGAGCAGCAAGCGUCAGCCCGCUCAUUUCGGUGCCCCCCCCACACACACACGUUCCCCAACCCUUAGGGGAAUGUGCCACCUUCUGCCCUGAGGACGGAUGUGUGGGGGACGCUUGGCUGCCCCGUGGUUUAUUCUUGAGCUUCCGAAGUCACUCACGCCUCCUCCUCUUCCUCAUUCCGGCUUCGGAUGUCUGGAUGGAGCGGCAUGGAUUGGCUUUGCGGGGUGUCGUGUGUGGCCAGUGGCAUGAGCUAGCUGUGCUCUCCUCGUGCAUAUCCUGAGGACAUCAAAAGCCAGGUCCUGCUGAGUCCCCUAACACACCUCAGAGCCCCACCUGAGCAGGUUUAGUAUGAACCCCCCGCUCAGAGACUGACAGUCCCCGCGCUGUGCCUGGAUUUCCGCGAGGAAAGUCAGCUAAGUGUCCGCCUGGCGGCGGGGAUGCAUUGUGGCGGUAGGUGGCUUCGGCGAAACUCAUUUCUUCUGGGGCCUCCAGGCCACUGGCUGGCUGUAUGAGACAUCUCGUUUGUCUAAAGAGAGCAUGCGAACCCGAGCUGCAGGUGUACCAACCUCCGCUUCUAUUUCUGAUGUUACAAAGAUGUCUCCGUUAAGAAACUUCACAGGGAACUGGGGAACCUGUUUGUUCCCUAAAAAUAGUCUCUGAUGCCAGCAAAAUGGGGGUUAACACGGGCAGAAGUUUCUCAGUAACAGUCAAGAAAAUCUCCUUUUUCUUCCUACUCGUGUUGAAAAGGUAAACCUCUGAGUUUACCGUGCACGUGGCGUGAACACGCACAUAUGUGCACACGUGCUCAUAUGCACACACACGAAAGGAAACCGAGGUCUGUCAGCCUCUGAGUGGUCCUUCCGCAAUGCCUGCCAGUCACCAUCUCCUAAGCCCGCGCCAUUCUGCGGUGACCCCAAAGCACCCAUAAGACUCCUGACCCCCAAGCGGCAUGCAGCCCCUAUGCCUGCCCGGGACCCGGUCAGCAUAGAUGUUGAUGACUUCCCUUUCCAGGGCAGACUAGAAGUCCAGGAAUGAGCCCCAACCAAGGGCGCUUUCAUGCUGUACAGUGAUCAAAAGUCUGUGAGGUGUUGUAAUGGACCAGUCCACGUGAUGUCAGUGUAUACAAGACCACCGGACCCUCCCACCAGUAUAACGGCCCACCCCACCCCCCGUUGUGCUCCCCGGAUGGUGUUAUCAUACGUAACAUUUACUCCUGUUUCUGCUGGUUUUUUAAAUGUUUUGGUUUGUCUCUGACAUCGGUUGUAAUCAUUCCCGUGCUGUGUUUUUUAUUACCCUUGGUAGGUGUUAGAUUCGCACUGUUAUUUUUUUAAAGGUUUCUGCAUCGGGGAAGCAUAUGGCCCAGAGUGGAAAACACGGCGUGGUCCUAGCUCUGCUGGCGGCCCCUUCGGCUCGUGGUUUUAGUUCUCGGAGUAUCUUUGCCUUUUCCCACCUCCAUCUUGUGUUCUCCGGUUCCAGUUAUUACUGAGUAAAGCAUCUUCGAGUCGGUUGGGUCUGAAACACGGCCGUUACGGUCAAUGCACGCACAUCGCCCUGUCAGCCGCGCUGAGUAGAAAAGAGAAAGAAAGAUCGAAACAAAGUGGCCAGUGGCAGCCGGGAGAGGAAGCCACUCAAAUGCCUUCACAGUAAAUAGUUGCAAUAUAGAUAUAGUGAAGGAGGCUCUCCAUUCGGCAUUGUUUAAUUUAUAUAUUAUAUUCCAAGCACCGCGCGUCUGCCUCUAUUCUCGUCCUUCAUGCAAGCAACUCAAAAUAUUUAAAAUAAAGUUUACAUUGUAGUUACUUUCGAAUCUUUGCUUGAUAAGUGAGAAGAAAUAUCGGACUCGCUGCCGUAAUUUAAAGCUUUGUUCAUUUCGUGUGGUUUUGUUUGGAUAUUUUUUUUGUUUCGUUUUUAUUUUUUGACUUUGGGGCAAUGUGUUUUUGCUGGAACAUGAAGUCUGAGACCUUCCUGUGCUGGGAACACGAGAGCCGUUGAAAGCCGACAAGCAGACUGCGCAUGUCUCUGAUGCUUUGUAUCAUUCUUGAGUGAUUGCUCGGUCAACGGACAAUAAACAGUAUUAUCAAAGAGAA